UCGAUCAAACAAGUUGCUUAACCUACAACAUUUUAUAAUUCUUAUGGAUUUGCGCGCGUCUGCGAGUAAAAAAUUACAAUAACUCAUAGGUUAUUAUCAAAGUUCCGCAAAUUUGCAAACACUAUGUCCGUAUAUGUGAGAAGAAGAAGUACCUUGCGACAAUCAUUCAGUAAAUUAUUAUCGAUGAAACUUCUGCUACCUGUCAGGGUCGAUAGAUUAAAAGGUCGUUAUUUAUUCCGGUCAGCGGUGCGGCGCGUUUUGGCAUAUAUGGAAUGGAUAAUGGAGGAGCUGGUGGUUGAGGAGACUACCGAUGACGUAACUGUCAACAUCAGAAUGACUGAAGAAAAGCAAAAAAAGAAAAAGAAGCUACUGACGUUAAAGGAUCGGUCAAUAUUGCUGGUGAAUCCGUCGGAGAGAUCCUCUGAAGAUAAAGUGUACAUAUACGAGCUCAUCAAGAAACUGCGCGCAUUCGUAAAGUAUCCGGAGGACGUGAGGGAGAAACUGGCGGCAGUGUGCUUUUAUCAAUAUCUACCCGCCGAUCGGAUAAUCGUUCGUCGAGGUCGCAAAGCGGAUAAUCUCUAUUGCAUCGCGAACGGCGAGGUCAACCUGUCGAAAGUAACGAUUGACGAAUUGACAGGCGAUGAGAAAGACAUGGAUAUUGGUACCUUACGAGCGGGCGACAUGUUUGGCGAAAUCGCGCUGUUGCACUCCAUACCGAGAACAUCCACGGUAGUUAGCAAAACGUCGGUCGACUUAAUUCUCGUGCCUCAAUACGAAUUCGACAGCAUCUUGCGUUACGUCCUGUUGAAGAAGUGGCACGUUCUUCGCGACGCGUUAGUCCACUUCAAUUACUUCAAGUGGUGGAGCGACGAGACAGCACGGGAGUGUUGUAUUCUGAGCAAGCUGAAGGACUUCAAGGCUGGCGAGAUCCUGCUGGGCGACGGAAUGGGUAUGGUGAAUUACGUGCAUUUCAUCUUGAGCGGUGAGUGUCGUCUCAUCGAGCACAUGCUCGUUCGCGAGAGCUCUACCUGCAGAGGAACGCGAUACGAACUGUAUGAUCCAAACACCUCCGACUCGUUUCAACCUCAUCAUCCGAGAAAGCGACACGCCCAGUCGCUAGCUGAUAAUGAUCAAUCGAGUAUCGUUACCACUACACUCGUCGACGUCAUUAAAGCGUGGCAUGAGAUCACCGACGUCGCGGCGAUGUUAAUGCAAGAGCCGUCCGUCACAUCGCAAUUGCGUUACCCUGAUGAUAUCCAAACCGUAUUCAUGCAGGUGUGCAUCUUCUCUCGGGGCGCUUGCUUUGGUUUAGGUGAGAAUAUGCUUCAUCGAAGGAUUGUGGCAAUCACAUCGAUGCGAUGUUUACUUAUCCCGAGAUAUUGGUUACUCGAGCAGAAUCGCGCUAAUAUCUGGGGGCGCGUGAAACUGUUCAUCGACUCGAAGUAUCCGACGAAGAAGCAGCUGUUCGAUCGAUUCAUACAAAAUCGAAAAUGGAUUGCGUACAAGCGGAAUUUAGUCAAGAAUGUUGUCAAACAACGCGGCCUUUACCGCAGCAACACUACGGUGCACGACGUGCCGUAUUCCAUCCGGAUUACAGAAGAUAUUAACACAUAGACUCGAAGACAUACAACUCUUUCUUCUCCACUGAUUCGUUGGACAGCGGAAGUAAUCGCGGAAUAAAUUAA